UAAAUAUGUAUGUCAUGAAUACAGUGUACGCAAUCCAUAUUAUGUUCAUCACACGCGUGUCUAUUGUAGCGAAUUCACAUCAAGUAUGAGUGGGGCUCCCAGUAGCUCGCGAACACCAAGUUCGGUCACGCAGACACAAGUUGAAACACUGACUCAAACGCAGACUCAAACAAACACACAGACACAGACUGACAGUGCCUUUGUCCUGGACUUGCACAAUCAAGAGGGUGAACGUUCUGUGAGUUGGACCAGUGACACUGUCGACAACGAGCUGAUGAACAGAAAGAAGUCCAAAAAAUGCUGCAUAUUUCAAAAGCAAAGGGCCUUCGAUGAGAGCUCGACAGAAAGUGACAGUAGUUCAGAGAGCGAUGGAGGACCGGUACAUGGUGAUGAUGGCGGCAAAAAGAAAAAGAAAACGAAGCAUACGGUACGCAAACAAUGUAAGCACACGACCGGUAAUACGUACGAGCCGGAUGGUGGUACUCCAGCGACGUGAUAGUCGAGGAAAGAUGACGAAAGAUAUCGCUUUUCUUCCGUCAGUCAGGAAGUAGUUUUAAAGUAAAAUAGACCACGCUGUGUGAUAAUUGUCCACAUAUGUUAACAUAGUGUUCUUUUACCUGUAUAGAUGUUGGGGUAAUUGUAAGGUGAUCUACGCUUGAACACGCGAGAAUGCCAUAUUCGUGAAUAUAGAUAGAAAAAGCUGUGUGCAUUUACAUCGAAAGAUGUAUAGUAUUCGCUUGCGUACAGCUCUACAUCUAUUCGCGUACAGCUCUAUAUCUAUUCUUAUGUAUAUAUAGAAGCGUACAGCUCAUUUAUUGUAUAUAAUAC